AUGCCAUCCUUCUUAAAAGCGUUCAGCCCAGGGAAAGGCGAAUCGCUUUCCAAGGCCUCUGAAGUCAAAGGAUCCCCACAUACCCUGGUCGUCACUCUAGCCGGUCUCAGAGCAGCAGAGAUAACGAGAGCAUUACGGCAAUUCCAAAACCAAGACUGUGCAGUUGCCAAGCUCUUUGCCAAACACAUAAAGCUAAAGGAAGCUCAGGAAACAGUGGAAAAGACAAGAAUAGGCAUAGGUAUUGGAACACCGGUCAGGUUAAACGAUCUUGUUAACUCAGGGUCACUAAAGCUUGAUUCGUUGAAGCGUAUCGUUGUUGAUGGGUCUUAUGUUGACCAAAAGAAACGUGGCAUAUUUGAUAUGAAGGAACUUCAUUUUCCUCUUAUGGAGUUUCUCAAUCGGGCUGAACUAAGGGAGCGAUAUCAGUCUAAGAAAAGCGAUAAAGUGCAAAUUAUUGUAUAUUGA